GUUCCUGCUGUGAAAAAAAAAGUGCAGGAACUCAGUUCCCACGUGUUUCUGCAGGAUUUGAGCCCUGAUGGCCACCUUAACUAUUGGACAUGUUCACCAUCUAUUAGAAGUAGGUGAUCGAUCCACCCCAUUAGAGCGUCACCAUCUUCACCCAUUGUCUAUGGCCCCGCCCACCAUCAAUCUGCCCAAUUAUAAACAAUGUCAUUAGAAUUUAGAAAAGGGGCAUCGAACCUUAGGAUUGACUCACAUGUUAUUCUCUCUCUCUCUAUUCUUCCCAUUUCACAAUGUCAGGAGGCUGUAUUGUUCUCAUCGGGAUGACUGACAGGAAGUUCAGAAAGAUCCCUGCCCCCACCAUCACCGCUGUGACAUCACAUAUUACCGACCAUGAGACCCUCAGAACACAGCAGAAAAUGGUGAAGGAAACGGCGUAUUACGACAUUCUUGGCGUCUCUCCGGCUGCGUCCUCCGAAGAGAUAAAGAGGGCGUUCAGGCGUCUGGCCUUGAAGUAUCACCCGGACAAGAACCCCAAUGCCGGUGAAAAGUUCAAGCAGAUCUCUAAAGCCUACGAGACCCUGUCGGAUUCCCGCAAGAGAGACCUGUACAACCGCGGAGGAGAGUCGGCGCUGAGAGACGGGCGCUGCGACAGGAGGGGGCGCCACACCUCGCCCAUGGAUAUAUUCAACAUCAUCUUUGGUGGCAGCCCUAGCGGUCAGUCCCAAGGAGACCGGAGAGGGAAGACGGUCACCCACUAUCUCCCAAUCGCCUUGGAGGAUCUGUACAACGGGGCCACGAGGAAACUCUCCCUCCAGAAGAACGUCAUCUGCCCCAAGUGUAAAGGCUCCGGAGCGCGGCAUGGGGGAGAGGUCCAGUGCCCCAAAUGUCAUGGCAGCGGCAUGGAAACACACAUCUUUGGGCAUAUGCCAGGAAUCAUGCACUCCCUGCAGACCACGUGCUCAGAGUGCCACGGGGUGGGCGAGCGCAUCCGCUCCCAAGAUCGCUGCCGGGGCUGCAAUGGCAGGAGGGUGGUGCGGGAGAAGAAGAUCCUGACCGUGCACGUGGACAAAGGAAUAAAGAACAGACAUAGGAUGACCUUUCGCGGGGAAGGAGAUCAGUCCCCAGGACUUCACCCCGGAGAUAUCAUCAUCGUCCUGAAGCAGAAGGAACACCCCGUAUUCCAGAGGAAGGGCGACGAUCUGAUCAUGAAGAUGGAGAUCGGGCUGGCGGACGCCCUGUGUGCCUGCAGGCAGAAGGUCCAGACGCUGGAUGGGAGGACCAUCCUCAUCACGUCCACGCCAGGUAAAGUGAUCAGACCCGGUGACGUCAUGUGUAUCCCAAAAGAAGGAAUGCCCGUGUAUAGAGACCCAUUCGAGAAGGGGAAUCUCCUCAUUCAUUUCCAGGUAAAGUUCCCCGAUCCUGGCUGGCUUCCUAUAGACAACCUGAAACAGCUACAAGAACUAUUCCCGUCUCGAUCUCAGCCGGCCCUGCCAGGAGACACUGAGGUGGUCACCCUGUCAAACUACGACCCUCACCAAGACCAAAGCCAUCGGGGCAGAAAAGAAGCCUAUGAGGAGGACAGAGAUGAUGAGUCUUACCACCGUUUGAUGCAGUGCCAGACCUCCUAGUCCUCUGCCCGGGAUCAACUUCAUGGGAUCUGUCCAGAAACCCAACAAUAAGAUUGUCUUGAGAUGGUGUGGCGGAGCAUUUCUGCUUGUAGCCGCGAGCGCUGCUUCCUUAAACGUUACACGCUGGUGCAGUGUCCCAGUACAGAUCAUGACACCUGGAACGUGUUGGUUGUUGGAUAGCUGCACUGCGUUUUCUACGUUGUUACACGCAUCUUCUCCGGGAGACCAAAGGCUUUAGCCCAGCUUGCCCUUCUCUGGAAGUGUCCAGCGUUCAGAUGGUGCUACCUACUCGAGGACCAUGACCAGAAGUAGUCAUGAGAUGUUGCCUGUAAAUAGAUUAAAGGGGUACUCCACUGGCCGGCGUGGCACUAAACGUUCCGAACACUUUUUUUCACACUGUGGCAGGUUGGCCACGCCCCUUGUGAUG